AUGAAUCCAUUUGUCUUAAUCAACGUGGCCGGAGCUCUCGCUCUCAGCAUCACCUACAUGCUCAUCGAGAUCAAGUAAGUCCUCCCCUCCGACACGGUGUAAUGGCAUUAGUUGGUGGAUUCGGGGAAGUUAUAAAUCGAGACUGGGGAUGAGGAAGAAUGUGUACUCUGAAUGUGUUCUCACAAAGCCCUUGUCUGCCUGCUGUGUGUGGGACAUCCUUCUGUUACUUAUCAACCUCAAUGAUAACUCCUGACAUGCAGUGCCUUCAGAAAGUAUUCACAACUCCUGACUUUUUCCACAUUUGUUUGUGUUACAGCCUCAAUUUAAAAUUGAUUAAAUUGAUAUUUUGUGUCUGUUCCAUAUACAAUACCCCAUAAUGUCAGUGUUUAAAAAAAUAUAUAUAUAAUGUUUACAAAUUAAUUAAAGGAAUAACUGAAAUUAGUCUAACUAUUCCAACCCCUUUUUAGGCCAACCCUAAAUAAGUUCAGGAGUAAAAAUGUGCUUAACAAGUCACAUAAGUUGCAUGGACUCACUGUGUGCAAUAAGUGUUUAACAUGAUUUUUUAAUUACUACCUCAUCUCUGUACCCCACACAUUCAAUUAACUGUGAGGUCCCUCAGUCAAUCAGUGAAUUUCAAACACCGAUUCAACCACAAAGACCAGGGAGGUUUUCCAAUGCCUCGUAAAGAAAACCACCUAUUGGUAGAUACAAAUAAAUUUUUAAAAGCAGACAUUGAAUAUCCCUUUGAGCAUGUUGAAGUUAUUAAUUACAGUUUGGAUGAUGUAUCAAUACACCUAGUAACUACAAAGAUACAGGCAUCCUUCCUAACUCAGUUGCCGGAGAGGGACAACACGCAAGGAUUUCACCAUGAGGCCAAUGGUGACUUUAAAACAGUUGUAGAGUUUGAUGGCUGUGAUGGGAGAAAACAGAGGAUGGAUCAACAUUGUAGUUACUCCAUAAUACCAACAUAAAUCAGAGUGAAAAGGAAGCCUGUAUAGAAUACAAAUAUUCCAAAACAUGCAUCCUGUUUGCAACAAGGCAGUAAAGUAAAACUGCAAAAAAUGUGGCAAAGAUAUUAACUUUGUCCUGAAUACAAAGCAUUAUUUUUAGGGUAAAUUCAACACAACACAUCACUGAGUACCACUCUUCAUAUUUUCAAUCAUGAUGGUGGCUGCAUCAUGUUAUGGAUAUGCUUGUCUUCGGCAAGAACAAGGGAUUUUUUAGGAUAAAAAGAAACGGAAUAGAGUAAGCACACGCGAAAACCUGGUUGUUUGCUUUCUAACAGACACAUUCACCUUUCAGCAGGACAAUAGCCUAAAACAAGGUAAAACACUGGAGUUGCUUACCAAGACAACAUUGAACGUUUCCGAUUGGCCUAGUUACAGUUUUGACUUAAAUCUGCUUGAAAAUAUAUGGCAAGACCUGAAAAUGGCUGUCUACCAAUGAUCAACAACCAAUUUGACAGUUUGAAGAAUUUUAAAAGAAUGUGCAAAUAUUGUAAAAUCCAAGUGUGCAAAGCUCUAAGACUUACCAAGAAAGACUCACAGCUGUAAUCGCUGCCAAAGGUGAUUCUAACAUGUAUUGACUCAGUGUCACGAUCGUUGAGAGACGUGUCAGACCACAAGGUGCAGCGUGAUAUGCGUACAUAUUUGUUAAGACGACUAAACACUUCACAAAACGUGACGUCCUAUGGGCUAUACACACAACAAGCCAAACAGGAACAUAAACAAGAUCCCACAACUAAGGUAGGCAACCAGGCUACUAAAGUAUGAUCCCCAAUCAGAGACAACGAGCGACAGCUGCCUCUGAUUGGGAAUCACACCCGGCCAAACAUAGAAAUAUCAACAUAGAUCUACAACAUAGAAAUACAAUAACAUAGAUCUCAACAGAAACUCACACCCUGACCCAACCAACAAGAGUUCUCUAGAUCAGGGCGUGACACUCAGAGGUGUGAAUACUUGUGUAAAUGAGUUAUUUCUGUAUUUCAUUUUCAAUACAUUUGCUAAAAUGUCUAUAAACAUGUUUUCACUUUGUCAUUAUAGGGGUAUUGUGUGUAGAUGGGUAAGGGGAAAAAAAUCAAUUGAAUCCAUUUUGAAUUCAGGCUGUAACAACAAAAUGAGGAAUAAGUCAAGGAGUAGGAAUACUUCCUGAAGGCACUGUACAUAGUGUAUAUGCUCCUAACUUUAUAACUUACCAAUAUUAUAUAUUAUGAAGUACCUGAUGCUCUUUCUCUCUGACUACAGUAAUUACAAUGCUGUGGACACAGCCUCGGCGGUGGCCAUCGGCCUCAUGAUCUUUGGCACCAUGUAUCCUAUGAGCGUGUACAGCGGGAAGGUGCUCCUUCAGGUAGGCUAUCCAAACAUGUCCACAGUCUAAACUGAAUUGGAUCGUUGAAUUCUCUGUACGACAUGACGUGGAUCAGACAACUGUACUGUAACUCAACUCAACACUUAUCUCUUGGAAUGAUUGAGAGUUAUGUUCGGUCCGGAUUCUGUUUGGCUUGCACUGUUUGUUGUAAGAGAGUAUGUUAUUUGAUGGAACUUAACUCAUUGACUUAUUGGACUGUGUGCGGUGUUUUGAAUUGAGUUGACUCACAUCUGUUUGCCUUGUGCUCACUCCUCUUUAGACCACUCCAUCCCAUGUCAUCGGUCAGCUUGACAAAUUGCUCAGAGAGGUAAGACUAAGAACACUCAGAUUUGGGUUGAAUAACAUCUGCUUUCAUUUACAGAUGUUUGUGUUGGAAUACAGGAUAUUACAUACAGGAUAAACUGUCAUUUUAAUCUCAAGGAUGGUCAGUCCUUGCAUGUAUUGCUCUGUCUACAAAUGUGAGUGGUUACACUUCUCCAGUGCCAUCCCUCAGGUCUUUUCCAAAAGAAGUGGGGGUGUGGGGGCGGUGAAUGCUUUGUUGUUUUUCCAAUCCAAGAUUGCCGCUUAGAAACAGAACGGGAGGUCAAAUGAGGACAACCCUAGUGAAGUAAAGGGAGGAGAUAAUCCUAAUUAUAACAAUAUAACAAGGGUAAUGUAAUGUGGAUAUAGCGCUACAGUUAGACAUGAAAUCCAUCAUGUUAAUAAUAAGGCAUGUGAGGCGGAAUACAAACUAUUUACAUAAUACAGGGAUAUUUACACAGUGAUCAAACCGUUUACAGCAAACAUGUUAAUUCCUCGUUAAAGGGGCAAUCUGCAGUUGCUUCAUCCAUUUUUUUCCACUGAUAAAUGAAUGAUAUGUACCCAUUAAUUCUUGAAGAAUAUAACUUAUAAAUGCCUCAUGAGCUUAGUUCAACUGCCGUACCCCAUCAGAACCCAACAUAUAAGUUGGGCCUCAAAACAUGGUUAAAACUAUAACUUUGAUAUCAUGGAUGGUCAGUCCUUGCAUCUAUAGCUCUGUCUAUGAAUUUGAAAGUGGUUACAUUUUUCCAGCCCCAUCCCUCAUCUUUUUAACGAAACAGUGGCGGGGACAACACUUUAUUAUUGUUUCAACUGCCCUUUUUAAGGCCCUGCUCAAUGGAAUUACUUUUAAAAAUCUAUUUUGCCCCCCGCUAUUUUUGAUCGCCCAACUCUUAGAUGUGUGAAGCUAUGGUGGUGGAAGGCAAAGUGCGUAGCGAAUGGGGACUUCUCAUCUUUGCUCCUAAUGGCACUCAGUGAUGCGUUUGCGGAGGGUUGUCCUCAUUGACCUCUUUUCUAUUACUAUAGGUCAAGCCCAUCCUAUUGGUUGCACUGCCUAAAGAAGACGGCAAAACGUUUUGCAUGUUACCACAUGCAUUGUAGCCAAUUUUGGUCUCUGUGUUUUAUAUUUUAUAUUUGUUAAGUGUUUUUCACAGUGUGCAACAACUUCCAAUGAUUCCCAACUGCCUUUGGGAUCCUAUCCAUGUUAUAAAUAGAUCUAGUUAUCAUUUUUCCAGACCAUGCCAGUUGACUGGUCCCUACAACCCUUGAUAGGAAGAUGUCAGUCUCAGCCCUCAUGGCCUCUAUCCUGCUGUACUUGCUCUCCCAUCAGGUCUCCACUCUGGAGGGGGUCCUGGAGGUCCGUAACGAGCACUUCUGGACGGUUGGCUUUGGAUCUCUGGUACGUCAUCAUGGUUUUGUCACUGUUGUCCUCAUUGUACCCAGCAGACUCCCAGUGCUAUGCACCACGCUCUGUUAACUCUGCCGGCUCCCUGCACCAGAUGCCAAGAACACAAAGAGAACGCCACUCACCCUCAUCAUUUAGUUUAGUGGCCCCCUUGUUGUUUAUGAACAAUUGGCAAGGAUUUGCUCACUCAAAUUAAAAGGGGACAAGUUUCUCAUGCGUUGCAAUUUCUCUAUUGAUUUAAUUAAGACUUGUUUUUGACUGACAGGAAUGCAUUUCAUUCCAACAACCGACAUCCCUCGCUUAUUUCUAAAUUAUAGGGUUAGGGUGGUAUGAUAAUGUACUAGAUUGCCUUGCACGAGUGUAGUCCCAUGUAUUCCUUUGUGUCCAAGAAGCAUGCUGUGAAUAUCAAAGGUCAGAUGCCAGUUUAAACAGUCCUGUGUCGGUGAGGGGAAAUCUCUGAGCACCGAGCUUCUCGUCUCCUGCCUCUAGGAAGCCAUGUUAUUUGAUUUCAAUUGUGAAGACUGAGUAGGCACACAAAAAUACAUUAGUCUAUGGAGUCAUUCUGGUUUCAUCGAAACGCCUGAGAUGUUAAUUAUUCAGACUGUGGCUCUAAAAAAUUUGCUUCACUUCAGAAUGAAUUAGGGAAUUAAAUACAGAUUCUGUCUGGUCUGCUGCUAUGUUAAAUCUCAUUCAAUGAAAUAACACAUAUUUGCACUCUGCGUAAAAGCAGCGUAAUAUAAUGGUAACAUUAUGCAAUAACAGCAUCACUACUGACAUAUCGAUAAAUAGGCCAGCUUCUUGGCUGUGCUCCUAAUUGCUGUGUGGACUAAGUUUAUCCAGUGGUGUUGCUGCUGUGCCCAGUUGUCACACAGUUCUGAGUUGUUGCCACACUGUUCUCUCCAGACUGUAUGCCCUAGGGUACUGCCAGUAGAGUGAGAGAGAACUAGAGGGAACUAGAGGGAGGGAGGGAGGGAGAGAGAGAGAGGGAGGGAACUAGAGGGAGAGAGAGGGAGGGAACUAGAGGGAGAGAGAGGGAGGGAACUAGAGGGAGAGAGAGGGAGAUGGAGGGAACUAGAGGGAGGGAACCAGAGGGAGAGAGAGGGAGGGAACCAGAGGGAGAGAGGGGGAGGGAACCAGAGGGAGAGAGAGGGAGGGAACUAGAGUGAGAGAGAGGGAGGGAACUAGAGGGAGAGAGAGAGAGGGAGGGAACUAGAGGGAGAGAGAGGGAGGGAGGGAACUAGAGGGAGAGAGAGGGAGGGAGGGAACUAGAGGGAGGGAACUAGAAGGAGGGAGGGAGAGAGAGGGAGGGAACUAGAGGGAGGGAGGAGGAGAGGGAGGGAACUAGAGGGAGGGAGAGAGAGAGAGGGAGCGAGAGGGAGGGAGAGAGAGAGAGAGGAGGAGAGAGAGGGAGGGAACUAGAGGGAGGGAGAGAGGGAGAGAGAGGGGGAGGGAACUAGAGGGAGGGAAUGAGGGGAGAGGGAGGGAGGGAACUAGAGGGAGAGGGAGGGAGGGGAAAGGGGAGAGGGAGGGGAGGGCUAGAGGGAGGGAGGAGGAGGGAACUAGAGGAGAGGGAGGGAGGGAACUGAGAGGAGAGGGAGGGAGGGAGGGAGGGAAACUAGAGGGAGAGGGAGGGAACUAGAGGGAGACGGCGAGGGAGGGGGGAACUAGAGGGGGAGAGAGGGAGGGAGAGGGAGGGAGGGAACUAGAGGGGGAGAGGGAGGGAGGGGAACGAGAGGAGAGGGAGGGAGGGAAUACUAGAGGGAGAGGGAGGGAGGGAACUAGAGGGAGCGAGGGAGGGAGGGAACUAGGGGAGGGAGAGAAGAGGGAGGGAACUAGAGGGAGGGAAACUGGAGGGAGAGAGAGGGAGGGAACUGGAGGGGAGAGAGGGGGGAUGGGAACUGGAGGGAGAGAGAGGGAGGGAACUAGAGGGAGAGAGAGGGAGGGAACUAGAGGGAGAGAGAGGGAGGGAACUAGAUGGAGGGAACUAGAGGGGAAGGGAACGAGAGAGAGGGAACGAGAGAGAGGGAGGGAACUGGAGGGAGGGAGAGGGAGGGAUGGAGAGAGAGGGAGCGAGAGGGAACUAGAUGGAGGGAACUAGAUGGAGGGAACUAGAGGGAGGGAACUAGAGGGAGGGAUAGGGAGGGAGGGAACAUAGGGAGGGGAGGGAGGGAGGGAGAGAGAGGGAGGGAGGGGGGGAACUAGAGGGAGAGAGAGGGAACUAGAGGGAGGAGAGAGAGAGGGGAGGGAAACUAGAGGGAGAGAGAGAGAGGGAGGGAACUAGAGGGAGGGAACUAGAAGGAGGGAGGGAGGAGGAGAGGGAGGGAACUAGAGGGAGGGAACUAGAAGGAGGGAGGGAGGAGAGAGGGAGGGAGAGACUGAGAGGAGGGGAGGAGAGAGGGAGGGAGAGAGAGGGAGGGAACUGAGGAGAGGAGGGGAGAGAGAGGAGGGGACUAGAGGAGGAGAGAGGGAUGGGAGAGAGAGGGAGGGAGAGAGAGAGAGAGAGGGAGGGGAAACUAGAGGGAGGGAGAGAGAGGGGAGAGAGGAGAGGGAGGGGGAGAGGGGGGAGGGAACUAGAGGGAGGGAACAGAGGGAGAGGAGGGAGGGAAACUAGAGGAGAGGGGGGAGGGAACUAGAGGGAGAGGGAGGGAGGGGGGGAACUAGAGGGAGAGAGAGGGAGGGGGGAACUAGAGGGAGGGAACUGGAGGGAGAGAGAGGGAGGGAACUGGAGGGAGAGAGAGGGGGAACUGGAGGGAGAGAGAGGGAGGGAACUAGAGGGAGAGAGAGGGAGGGAACUAGAGGAGAGAGGAGGGAGGGAACUAGAUGGAGGGAACUAGAGAGAGGGAAACGAGGAGAGAGGGAGGGAACUGGAGGGAGGGAGAGGGAGGGAGGGAGAGAGCAGGGAGCGAGGAGGGAACUAGAUGGAGGGAACUAGAUGGAGGGAACUAGGAGGGAGGGAACUAGAGGGGAGGGAUAGGGAGGGAGGGAACUAGAGGGAGGGAGGGAGAGAGAGGGAGGGGGGGGAAACUAGAGGGAGGAGCGAAGGGAAACUAGAGGGAGAGAGGAGAGGAGGGGAGGGAACCUAGAGGGAGGGCGGGGGGGGAACUAAGGGAGAGAGAGGGAGGGAACUAAAGGGAGAGAGAGGGAGGGAACUAGAGAGAGAGGGAGGGAACUGGAGGGAGGGAGGGAACUGGAGGGAGGGAGGGACGGGGGAGGGAGGGAGGGGGGAAACUGGAGGGAGAGAGAGGUAUGGAACUAGAGGGAGGGGGGAGAGAACUAGAGGGAGGGGGGGAGGGAGAGAAACUAGAGGGAGGGGGGGGAGGAGAACUAGGGGGAGGGGGGGGGAGAGAACUAGAGGGAGGGGGGGGGGAGAACUAGAAGGAGGAGAGGGAGGAGAACUAGAAGAGGAGAGUGAGAACUACGAGGGAGGGGGGGGGGGAGAGAGAACUAGAAGGAGGAGAGUGAGAACUAGAAGGAGGAGGAGAGGGAGAACUAGAGGGAGGGGGGGGGGGAGGGAGAAAACAGAGGGAGCGGGGAGGAGCUGAGGGAGGGGGAGAGAGAACUAGAGGGAGGGGGUGGGGAGGAACUAGAGGGAGGGAAGUGGCGGAGGAGAACUAGAGGGAGGAGUGGGGGAGAGGAGAACUAGAGGGAGGGAGGGGGGGAGAGAACUAGAGGGGGAGGGAGGGGAGGGAGGGAGGAGAACUAGAGGGAGGGAGGGAGGGAGGGGGAGAGAGGAGAACUAGAGGGAGGGGGGGAGGGAGAGAACUAGAGGGAGGGAGGGAAGAGGAAGACUAGAGGUAGGGAGGGAGGGAGAGAACUAGAGGUAGGGAGGGAGGGAGAGAACUAGAGGGAGGGAGGGAGGGAGGAGAGAGAACUAGAGGGAGGGAGGGAGGGAGGGAGGGAGAGAACUAGAGGUAGGGAGGGAGGGAGAGAACUAGAGGGAGGGAGUAGAGGAGGGAGGGAGGGGAGAGAAACUAGAGGGAGGGAGGGAGGGAGGGAGGGAGAGAACUAGGAGGGAGGGAGGGAGAGAAUAGAGGAGGAGAGGGAGGAGAGAAACUAGAGGGAGGGAGGGGGAGGGAGGGAGAGAACUGAGGGAGGUAGGGAGGGAGGAGGGAGGGAGAGGAGGGGAGAAUGAGAGGUGAGCGGGAGGUAGGGAGGGAGAGAACUGAGAGGAGGGGGAGGGUAGGGAGGGAGAGAACUAGAGGGAGGGAGGGAGGGAGGAGAGAACUAGAGGGAGGGAGGGAGAGAUGAGUAGGAGGGAGGAGGAACUAGAGGUAGGGAGGGAGGUAGGGAGGGAGAGAACUAGAGGGAGGGAGAGAACUAGAGGGAGGGAGGGAGGUAGGGAGGGAGGGAGAGAACUAGAGGUAGGGAGGGAGGUAGGUAGGGAGGGAGAGAACUAGAGGGAGGGAGAGAACUAGAGGGAGGGAGGGAGGGAGGGAGGGAGAGAACUAGAUGGGGGGGAGAGAACUAGAGGGAGGGAGGGGGAGAGAACUAGAGGGAGGGAGGGAGGAUGUAGAGUAAAUAAAGACUGUCUCUUUAACUCCUCCUCCACCUGCUUUGUGUCCAGGCUGGAUCCGUCCACGUCCGAAUACGCCGGGAUGCCAACGAGCAGAUGGUGCUGGCCCAUGUGACCAACCGCCUCUUUCCCCUCGUGUCCACGCUGACGGUUCAGAUUUUCAAGGAUGACUGGAUCCGGCCUUCCCUCGUGGCCGAGGCGCUCCCAGCCGGCACACUCAGACCUUCUGACUACGGGGGCCUGUCCAGCUUCGUCCCCCCUCCCCACAAACCCUUGGAGGACAUGGAUCGGCUCACCUCCACCCCAUCCAAACCCAGCAGCCCACCGCCAGAGUUCUCCUUCAACACCCCGGGGAUGCAUGUCCACCCCAUGGUGCUACCCAGCACCCAGCCUCACAGGCCUUACGUCAUGGGCCUCAACUACGGAGCCUCCCCUUACACCAGCAUGCUCAACCAGGACCUAGCCCGGCCGGGAAGUGGGUUGGGGAUGAACCUGGGAAUGGGUGCAGGGAUGCCUUCGUCACAACAAGGUUUCAGAACUGCCUUGGGUGCAGCGCCACAGCGAUUUGGAAGCAUCCCUCUCCCAUCACAGUACAGACCCUGA